AGACUGGUUACGCCGAGGGAAGCCCGGACUCCGUAGUCGCCGCUCAGAGUCCGUCUCCGCGGAUUCCCGGCCCCGCCGUUCUCAGAUCUCUGUAGCCUGCGGUUCGCCGCCCCGCUCGCCGCCGCGAUGCCGGUGUUUCAUACGCGCACGAUUGAGAGCAUUCUGGAGCCGGUCGCGCAGCAGAUCUCGCACCUGGUGAUCAUGCACGAGGAAGGCGAGGUGGACGGCAAAGCCAUCCCUGACCUCACCGCGCCUGUGGCCGCCGUGCAGGCGGCCGUCAGUAACCUCGUUCGGGUUGGAAAAGAGACUGUUCAAACCACUGAGGAUCAGAUUUUGAAGAGAGAUAUGCCACCAGCAUUUAUUAAGGUGGAGAAUGCUUGCACCAAGCUUGUCCAGGCAGCCCAGAUGCUUCAGUCAGACCCUUACUCAGUGCCUGCUCGAGAUUAUCUAAUUGAUGGAUCAAGGGGCAUCCUCUCCGGCACAUCAGACCUGCUCCUCACCUUCGACGAGGCUGAGGUUCGUAAAAUUAUUAGAGUUUGCAAAGGAAUUUUGGAAUAUCUUACAGUGGCAGAGGUGGUGGAAACUAUGGAAGAUUUGGUCACUUACACAAAGAAUCUUGGACCAGGAAUGACUAAGAUGGCCAAGAUGAUCGAUGAGAGGCAGCAGGAACUGACUCACCAGGAGCACCGAGUGAUGUUGGUGAACUCAAUGAACACCGUGAAAGAGUUGCUGCCAGUUCUCAUUUCAGCUAUGAAGAUUUUUGUAACAACUAAAAACUCAAAAAACCAAGGAAUUGAAGAAGCUUUGAAAAAUCGUAAUUUUACUGUAGAAAAGAUGAGCGCUGAAAUUAAUGAGAUCAUUCGUGUAUUACAACUCACUUCUUGGGACGAAGAUGCCUGGGCCAGCAAGGACACUGAAGCCAUGAAGAGAGCGUUGGCCUCCAUAGACUCCAAACUGAACCAGGCUAAAGGUUGGCUCCGUGACCCCAGUGCCUCCCCAGGUGAUGCUGGUGAACAGGCCAUCAGGCAGAUCUUAGAUGAAGCUGGAAAAGUUGGUGAACUCUGUGCAGGCAAAGAACGCAGGGAGAUCCUGGGAACCUGCAAAAUGCUAGGGCAGAUGACUGAUCAAGUGGCUGACCUCCGAGCCAGAGGACAAGGAGCCUCACCGGUGGCCAUGCAGAAAGCCCAGCAGGUGUCUCAGGGUCUGGAUGUGCUCACAGCAAAAGUGGAAAAUGCAGCCCGCAAGCUGGAAGCCAUGACCAACUCAAAGCAGAGCAUUGCGAAGAAGAUUGAUGCUGCUCAGAAUUGGCUUGCAGAUCCAAAUGGUGGACCAGAAGGAGAAGAACAGAUUCGAGGGGCUUUGGCUGAAGCUCGGAAAAUAGCAGAAUUGUGUGAUGAUCCUAAAGAGAGAGAUGACAUUCUACGUUCUCUUGGAGAAAUAUCUGCUCUGACUUCUAAACUAGCAGAUCUACGAAGACAGGGAAAAGGAGAUUCCCCAGAGGCCCGAGCAUUGGCCAAACAGGUGGCCACGGCCCUACAGAACUUGCAGACCAAAACCAACAAGGCAGUGGCCAACAGCAGACCUGCCAAAGCAGCUGUCCACCUUGAGGGCAAGAUUGAGCAGGCACAGCGGUGGAUUGAUAAUCCCACAGUGGAUGACCGGGGAGUUGGUCAGGCUGCCAUCCGAGGGCUUGUGGCCGAAGGUCAUCGUCUGGCAAAUGUCAUGAUGGGACCUUAUCGCCAAGAUCUUCUUGCAAAGUGUGACCGAGUGGACCAGCUGACGGCCCAGCUGGCUGACCUGGCUGCCAGAGGGGAAGGGGAGAGUCCUCAGGCGAGAGCCCUUGCAUCUCAGCUCCAAGACUCUUUAAAGGAUCUGAAAGCCCGGAUGCAGGAGGCCAUGACUCAGGAGGUGUCAGAUGUUUUCAGUGAUACUACAACUCCCAUCAAGCUGUUGGCAGUGGCAGCCACUGCCCCUCCUGAUGCACCCAAUAGGGAAGAGGUAUUUGAUGAGAGGGCAGCUAACUUUGAAAACCAUUCAGGAAGGCUUGGAGCCACGGCAGAGAAGGCGGCUGCUGUUGGAACUGCUAAUAAAUCAACGGUGGAAGGCAUUCAGGCCUCAGUGAAGACAGCCCGAGAACUCACACCCCAGGUCGUCUCAGCGGCUCGCAUCUUACUUAGGAAUCCCGGAAAUCAAGCUGCUUAUGAACAUUUUGAGACCAUGAAGAACCAGUGGAUCGAUAAUGUUGAAAAAAUGACAGGGCUGGUGGACGAAGCCAUUGACACCAAAUCUCUGUUGGAUGCUUCCGAAGAAGCAAUUAAAAAAGACCUGGACAAGUGUAAAGUCGCCAUGGCCAAUAUUCAGCCUCAGAUGCUGGUCGCUGGGGCAACCAGCAUUGCUCGUCGGGCCAACCGGAUCCUGCUGGUUGCUAAGAGGGAGGUGGAGAACUCUGAGGAUCCCAAGUUCCGAGAGGCCGUGAAAGCCGCCUCUGACGAAUUGAGCAAAACCAUCUCCCCAAUGGUGGUGGAUGCAAAGGCUGUGGCAGGAAACAUUUCUGACCCUGGCCUGCAAAAGAGCUUCCUGGACUCGGGAUACCGGAUCCUGGGAGCAGUGGCCAAGGUCAGAGAAGCCUUCCAACCUCAGGAGCCUGACUUCCCGCCUCCUCCGCCAGACCUUGAACAGCUCCGACUGACAGAUGAGCUUGCUCCUCCCAAACCACCUCUGCCUGAGGGUGAGGUCCCUCCUCCCAGGCCCCCACCACCAGAGGAGAAGGAUGAAGAGUUCCCUGAGCAGAAAGCUGGGGAGGUGAUUAACCAGCCAAUGAUGAUGGCUGCCAGGCAGCUCCAUGAUGAAGCUCGCAAAUGGUCCAGUAAGGGCAAUGACAUCAUUGCAGCAGCCAAGCGCAUGGCUCUGCUGAUGGCUGAGAUGUCUCGGCUGGUCAGAGGGGGCAGCGGUACCAAGCGGGCACUGAUUCAGUGUGCCAAGGACAUAGCCAAGGCCUCAGAUGAGGUGACUCGGUUGGCCAAGGAGGUUGCCAAGCAGUGCACAGAUAAGCGGAUUAGAACCAACCUCUUACAGGUAUGUGAGCGAAUCCCAACCAUAAGCACCCAGCUCAAAAUUCUGUCCACGGUGAAGGCCACCAUGCUGGGCCGGACCAACAUAAGCGACGAGGAGUCUGAGCAGGCCACAGAGAUGCUGGUUCAUAAUGCCCAGAACCUCAUGCAGUCUGUGAAGGAGACUGUUCGAGAAGCAGAAGCAGCUUCAAUCAAAAUUCGAACAGAUGCUGGAUUUACACUGCGCUGGGUUAGAAAGACUCCCUGGUACCAGUAGACACCUGGUUGAACCUGGCUAACACAGAAGCCCCUGCUGAACAGAAUGAAAAUGAUCGGAGUCCCAGGAGCCACCCAAGAUUACUGGGGGGUUGAAAGCCACAUCUUGGCCUGACAUAACAGAAAGGAAUGGGGCCUCUUCACAUUAGAAAACAUUUAUACUCUUGUCAUGGACACUUUGAAAUGUGUCUCCUUAUAAAGCCUGUAUUCUCGACCACGGCUUUACUUGUGCACACUCUGUCCCAAUAGGCAGACGGGGUUUCUAGCCCAUGGACUUCACAUAAACUCAGAAUCCAAGAGUGAACACUAGCCAGACAUCCUGUUCUGCGCUUGUUCCCUAAAGGACAGUUCCCUUUCUGCCCCCGUCUCCCCAUUCUUUCCGCCAGGCUCCCAAGACCCAGGGCCCAGGCAAAUCAGUUAAGGAAAUCACUGUGCCUCCAAAAUUUUUUGGGCUUUCCAUGUUGCUGCUGACCCUGCCUGCCUUCCCUGGCUGUGCUACCUUGGUCCUUUUCAGGAGUGACCUUCACUGUUGCAGGGGAAGGUGGCCUCUGGGGAGCCCCAGCAUGUGGGGCCUGGAUUCACUUCCUGCCCUUCCCCAAUUUAAUCCUUCUAGUUUCCCACAGUACAAAACCAAAUUUCACUUUGUCAGGAGGAAAUCACCAAAUCAUGUGAUUCUGUCUUUACCUCUUUCCAGAGCAAUGUCUGUGCUAGGGAAACCUUCCGUCCCAUAUCCUGCCUCGGCCUGCCAAGGUAGCCAUCCCAAGAACACACUGUGUGUCCUGGUGCUCUCUGCCACUGGAGAGGCAGAGUGGCCGGGGCGUGGCCCUGCCCAUCCUCCCAGCAGGGCCACUCCCAGGCACUCCACGCUUUGUCACUGCCUGCAGAGAUCUAUGCUGAGGCCUUAUCAUUCAUUCUUAGCUCUUAUUGUUCUUUCUGAGCUGAAAUGCUGCAUUUAAUUUUUAACCAAAUGAUGUCUCCUGUCCUGGCUUUUGUAUUCUUCCCACAGCCUUCCUAAACAAGGUUUUAAAGAUAUAUGUUUGUUCUAUAAUUUUGAAAGAUCGUUUUUAUCCUUUUGAAAUUCAGUCCUAAGAAUUGGUGCUUGUCCCCAGGAGUGUCUAAUGGAAAGGCAGUCCUGUCUGAAGGACACUGCCUACCUAAGGGAGGUGGUACUUGCAGACUGGAAUUCUGGCACUGCUGGGGAUGAAUCGAUGGGAAACAGUCCUCAGUGAUUCCUACCUCCCUCAGCCAACAACAGCCAAGCUCCUUGCAUCCUACCCUCCCUCCUUAAGUACAGUUGUUCAAAAGAGUAAUGGGUAUAAUAUUUAAUUAUCACCAUAGUAAGUUUCCUAUUAGCAAAGUGAGAGAAGGCAAUUUUUCCUUUCUUGUACUUACCACUGCUGUCUAAGCAUUCCCCAGCACAUGAAACUAUACUUCUUCCCAAAGCCAGAACUGGAUGAGUAAAGGAGUAAGAACCCUUGCCUGAAUGUCCUCCCCACCUCCAGUGUGUGUUAGACCCUAACAUCGAAUGUGUAAAACUUGUCUUAAGUUGGUACUGUACACUCAGGCUUCCUCUGUUUUCUUUUAACUGAUGAUUAUUUUCAAGGCCCUCAGCAUCCUUGUAUAGUUGCUUACCUGAUAUAAAUGCAAUAUUAAUGCCUUUAAAGCAUGAAUCUAUGCCAAAGAUCACCUUUUGUUUUACUAAAGACUACUUAGAGGAAGUAAGAAAAAUCAUGUUUGCUCUCCAAGUUCUUCCAGUGUUUUGAGACACUGGUUUACACUUUAUGCCAAUGUGCUUUUCUCUAAUAUCAGUGCUCAAGACACAGUGAAGCAAAUUAAAAAAAAAAAAAUCCCUGAAUGCUGAUUAGACAUCACUAAAAAAUUACAUUUAUAAGCUAGGAUUUGUUAUAUGCAAGUAUUUUCUGCCUCUUCUGUUUAAAACAAUAAAGUACAUUUAUAUAAAUAA